AUGGAUCAAAAAAGUAUUCAAAUCGUAAAAGAUAACAUGAAAUCAAAACUUCCAAUGCAAAUAUUAGAAGAGGCGUUGACAUUUUGCAAAUUUGGGAAGUUUCAUAUAAGAUUGCUUGCAGCAACAAUAUGUUCCGCGUUUGCGUCUAUGUUUGUUGUUACGACUUCAUCUUAUAUUCUACCUGUAGCCGAAUGUGACUUAAACAUGAAUUUGAUGCAUAAGGGACUGUUAAAUGCUAUACCAUUUGUAGGUCAAAUAGGAGCAAGUUUAUUCACAGGAUUCUUAGUAGAUGCAUUUGGAAGAAAAUUGUUUCUCGUUGGAGGCAACUUGGGUAUUUUCGUAUGUACAAUAAUAGAGGGUUCGAGUCAAACAUAUUGGAUGCUGAUGUUUAUUAAAGUCAUCCAAGGUAUAUCAUUAAGUUUGAGUUUCAGCGCGAUGGCGACGAAUAUAUCAGAAUUUUGUCCUAUAGCAAUUCGAGAUAGAGUGUUACUGGUGAAUUCAAGUUUCGUAUCAUUGGCGAUAGUUAUUGCAGCAGCAAUGUCUUGGAUGAUACUGCCUUUUAAAUUAGAUGUUGUUAUAUGGCCAGGAUAUUUCGAAUUACAUGCAUGGAACUUUUACUUAUAUAUGUGUUCAAUAUGGAGUUUCGGAGCUUUUAUUAUGUACUAUAACUUACCUGAAAGCCCAAAAUAUUUACUGUCGCAUGGCAGAGAGACGGAAGCUUUAGAGGUUUUGAAAACUAUAUUUAGUGAGAAUACAGGAAAUAGUGGAGAUGCUUUUCCUAUACAUUCAUUUAGUACUUCUGGAACACUUAAGCCCACAAUAGAGCUAAGUUUCAAAAAGCAACUAGUCAAUGCUUUGUUUGAAGUGAAGGAACUAUUUCGUCCGCCCUUAGUAUUUAGACUGUUAUUUUUUUCCUUUAUAACUUUUUCUUCAUUAAUUUCGUUUACAUCACUACGUCUGUGGUUCCCACAACUAUCAACAAUGAUUGAAAAUUACGAUAAAAACCAUGGAGGCUCAGCUCGGUUUUGUGUCAUGAUAACCGAUUACAUGGAUAGUUUAAAUGUUUCACAAGUUAACGUGUCUGAUGUAAUGGAAGCUGCAGUGUGUGUUCCGAAAUUGAGUGGAUCACAAACGUAUAUAAAUGGAAUUAUUUUAGGAUUCAUAUCAAUGGUGUUUGUUGGAAUCAGUGCACUUUUAGUAGACUAUCUCGGACAGAAGAUUUUAUUGUUCAUAAUCUUAUUAAUGAGCACUGUUUGUUCGACGUCUUUGUAUUGGACGAAUGCGUCGUUGCAAAUAGCAAUGCUAAUGUCUGCGACAUGUGGACUAUUACAAACAACUGUAAUGCUACAACAAAACGUGUUUGUCCGAGUUUUUCCUACAACAUUAAGAGCUCUCGCUAUGUCAAUAAUAAUUAUGUUUGGACGCAUUGGAUCACUAACCGGAAAUAUAAUAUUUCCAUUGUUAUUAGAAACAGGAUGUAUGGCGCCUUUUGUAUUGACUUCCGGUAUAUCAUUAUGCGUUGCCAUUCUUGUCUUCUUUUUACCAAAUGUUAACAAGGAAAACAAAGAAACUGGAGACAAA